ACAUGUCUCCACGUUUAAUGGUACGGUAGUGAUCGAGACGACAUGUGAAACACGCCGGCGUCUGUAAUAACUAGACUUGGGAUUCCUGUUUAAAGUUGUUAAUUGCAAUAACUACAUUUGAUAAUGAAGAUUCAGUUCCUCCUGUUCGGAAUACUUGCCUUGAUAUCUGUCUCAAGAUAUCAUUGUGAGAGUUUGGAUGAAGAUGAUGAAGACAAUGAUGAUGUUACAAUAGAACAAGAAGAUGAUGACAUUGAAAAAAUCCCAUAUAAACCUCCUACAUUGAAAGAAGAUGCAUACCUAGCAGAACCGUUCAGUGACAAAGAUGACUUCAAAACCAGGUGGACUGUUUCACAGGCCAAGAAGGAUGAUACAGAUGAGGUUAUUGCCAAAUAUGAUGGGAAAUGGAGCCUAGAGGAACCAAAAGAUAAUGCAAUGGAGGGAGAUCUGGCUUUGUUGUUGAAAACAAAGGCCAAGCAUCAUGCCAUAUCAUCCAAAUUGACCAGACCAUAUAAGUUCUCAGGAAAACCAUUCAUUAUACAAUAUGAAGUAAAGUUCCAGAAUGGUAUAGAUUGUGGUGGUGCCUAUGUUAAACUUCUCUCUGAUGACAGGAAACUCGAUCUGAGAAAGUUUCAUGACAAGACUCCAUACACUGUUAUGUUUGGACCAGAUAAAUGUGGUAUGGACCAUAAGCUCCACUUUAUCUUCCGGCACAAGAACCCGAUCACUGGAGAAUUUGAGGAGAAACAUGCCAAAAAGCCAUCUGCCAACAUAGACAAACAUUUCUCAGACAAGAAGACACAUAUGUAUACUCUGGUUGUAAAUCCUGAUAACACUUUUGAGAUGAUGGUGGACAACAGCUUGGUGAAUGAAGGUAGUCUUAUGGACGAUUUCAGUCCCCCUGUGAAUCCACCAAAGGAAAUAGAUGACCCCAACGAUAAAAAACCAUCUGAUUGGGAUGAAAGGGAGAAAAUCCAAGAUCCUUCAGCAAAAAAGCCAGAAGACUGGGAUGAAAGUGAGCCUGAGAAGAUUGUGGAUGAGGAUGCUGUUAUGCCCAGUGGUUGGCUGGAAGAGGAAUCUGAGCUUGUUCCUGACCCAGCAGCAGAGAAACCAGAUGAUUGGGACGACGACAUGGACGGUGACUGGGAGGCUGCUCUCAUCAACAACCCCAAGUGUGAGAAUGCUCCAGGUUGUGGUAAAUGGGAGAAACCAAGCGUCAAAAACCCAAAAUACAAGGGCAAGUGGUCUGCCCCUAUCAUUGAUAACCCAGACUACCAGGGGGUAUGGAAGCCAAGGAAAAUAGACAACCCUGCCUACUUUGAGGAUCUUGAGCCAUACAAAAUGACCCCCAUUGGUGCUGUGGGACUUGAGUUAUGGUCCAUGAAUGAUGACAUAGUAUUUGACAACUUCCUGAUCACAGACGACAAAUCUGUAGCUGAACAGUGGGCCGCGGAGACUUGGGAGAUAAAAUCUGCACAGGAGAAGGCCAAGUCAGGGAAGAGCCUCUGGAAGACCCUGCAUACAGCUGCCGACCAACAUCCGUGGCUCUGGGCCAUUUAUAUAGUAGUUCUUUUACUGCCAGUACUCCUGCUGUCCAUCUGUCUUUGCCCAAGGACCGGACCAAUAACGCCUGAGAAGAUCCAGAGUCACAAGAAGAAGACAGAUGAAGCAACUCCGGAUGAGGCUGAAGAGAAGGCAGAGGGCGACGAAGGAGAGGAAGAGGAGGAAGAAGUUGGACCAGGGGGAGAUAACCCUCCACUAACCAGGAAGUCCAAGGCAGAUCUCGAGGCAGAUGAGACAAAUGAUGCAGAUGAGGAAGAUGAAGAGGAAACAGAAGAAGCUGCGGAUACAUCCAAAAAAGAUUCGCCUAGGAGAUCAUCACCAAGAAAGAGGAAGCCUAGGAAAGAUUAAUUCAACAUUACUGUAGGUUAACAUAAAAUGAUGCAGUGAUAUGUUGUGGAUGAUUUGUGUGUGCAAGUUGUUCAGGGAGAGUCGGUAGGAGGAUUUGUUUGAGAUAAAGAGGCCCUUGUCCAAAUGUCCCUUUUUGACUGGAAUGACCGUAGUUUGUGCUGAAGAUUGGGGGCCGAUGUCUCCCAGGGACUACCGGUGGUACAUAUGUAGUUCCGGAAUUUAAUUAGGAUUUCAUGAUUAGCAAGUACAUAAGACUACUUUAAGAAAGUAUGUCAUAAUCAGUAAUGUCAUAAUCCCACCAGAUAUCAAUUUCAGCUAGUCUUUUAAGAAUUGGGAGAGUUAUGUCCCUUGCUUCUUUUUUCUGCAAUGUACUCCUUAUCACUAAUUAGGCUACAAUAAUCUGUUUUGUAUUCUUGGUUUUUGGUAAUAGGGUUGUUGUGUAGGAAAGUCGACAGAGACAAAAACACUUUUGUCACAGGAAGUUAAUAUAAGAACUACUGUUGUGUGCUGAAAUAUUGCAUUAAAAUAUGUAAAGUACGAUAUGCUGAAUGUAAGGCUGUAAUAGCAGAUGUAAAACCUGUUUCUGUAACUGCCAAGAUGUUGCUCCAUAAUGAAUGGGUGAGUGAGCAUAUUUAUUUACAUUGAUAUGUAAGCUGAGUGUUAAAAGUGAUUUUGCACCAUUUUGACAGUGGACACAUAUAAGGCCGGUUUUUGAUGUGGAUGCUAGUAAAAAUGUUAUUCCAUGGGUAUGUAUUCAAGACAGUCUCUAGGUAUUUGAUGUUCAUGUAUACAUGCAGUCUAUAUGUGUUUUUUAGUUGUGAAAAUGAGUAAGUGUUGCAUGGAAUACACAAGGUCAUGGUAACUUUCUUCAUAAUUUAAAAUCCUAGUUACUCGAGAUGUACGUCAUGAUUAUGAUUGUAGUACUGUAUGAGAAAUUUGCGCUAGUGACAGAUGGGGUGAAACUAAAAAAAUCGUAGGGAGUUGAUUCCACCACACGAUGCUAACACACCUGUUCAGCACACUUCUGUGAAUCCUUACAAUGAAAUCAGAUCUAUCUGGGAGGGAAGUUAUAAUUCUCUAGAGGGAGGGGUUAUGUACAUUCCUUUCAUGAAUUAUAUAACACUGCCACUAUAUGUAAACUAAUUUCUCACAUACCAAGAGGUUUCAACAGAUUGAGCACUGUGAAAAGGGCAUUAUCAUCAUCUAUGAACAGAAUUUUUCCUAUUCCAACCUAAGUGCAUGGCAGUAUCCAGAUUUGUUUUAAUACAGAUCUACUUCAUUUUGCUCAUUUGUCAUUAUUGACAUGUGAAUAUGCAUGUAUGCAUGUUCACAGUAUGAUCUCAUUUACAUUUAAACUGCAUCAUGCACUUGGAUAUAAAUCGUACAAGUGUUAGAUAUUCAAUUUUUGUUUCUGUAAUUUAUGCUGUGACCUUGAGGGUAUUCUUCACUCAUUAUUCCUGACCCUCUGCCAUUGGAGUAUUCCUCCAUACCCCCCCCCCCCCCCCCAGCUGCUGUAUCGCCUGCCCUUUGUGAAGAUUCCUUUAACAGUUUAGUGUGACGACAGACAUUUUCUGGUCCAUCUGUGUUGAUACCUGGACCAAUGUUUAUCCUGUAACCACUGAGUUUAAAUCAAGAAAGUGUUAGAUGCUACCAGUAAAUGUUGUCUUCUUGAAACCUAUAUUAUAUUAUUAUUCAAAAUGAAGUGAGGCUCGCUGUUUUUUCUCUCUCACCAUUUGAGAAUAACGGGAUGGGUCCUAUUUAAUGAGUGUGGUUUGUGGAACUGUGUCUUUGUGUGAAGGUCAGUGGGUGAUGUUUAACCAAUUUUUGUCACGGGUGUAUAAUCAUUAUGCAAACCUGGUUCGUACAAGUAUUAAUGUACCCAGAAUUAAUCUGGAGGCUACUUGACCUUAUUUAAAGUUGAUUGUUAUCCAACUACAUACUACACAAUUGUCCCUUUAAUGUCUUGGUUGACACAGUCUUCUUGUUAAGGAAACAUAUAAAUAUAUAAGAUUGUUAAAAUAACACUUAGUCUAGUACAUGGCUAUACACAUGGCUAUACACAUGGCUACACACAUGGCUAUACUCACAGUGUUCAGAUAUAUCUAUCCAUUAGUCUAGUACAUGGCUAUACACAUGGCUAUACACACAGUGUUCAGAUAUAUCUAUCCAUUAGUCUAGUACAUGGCUAUACACACAGUGUUCAGAUAUAUCUAUCCAUUCUAGUAGUCUAGUACAUGGCUAUACACACAGUGUUCAGAUAUAUCUAUCCAUUCUAGUGAUGCUGAACAGGAGAAAUGUUGUUUUGUUAUGAACAAAGGGACAGUGUUAUUCUUGGUAGUUAGAUCGCUACAAAACAAACGGUAGUAUUACUCUAUCACGAUUGAGGUCAUAUUAAAUCACUCGAUUUCCACUCAGGCAGUGAAGUACAGAGUCUUGUGGAAAUACGGAAUUUUAUUUUGUUAAUAGAUAUUUAGACAGUCAUGUUGUUGUUUUUUUUUUUGCCAAAAUGUGAACUAUUAAAAAAGAAUCAACAUGAAAUAGUUGAAUCAGAAAAUUUACAAGUGACAAUAACUUGUUACUAUACAAUGCAUAUAUCAUAAAGUAUGUAAGUGAAUUGUACAUCUUAGGUUUUAUAAGUUCUCGAAUUACGUCAACUCAUUACAAGGUUGCACUGUGUAGUAGUUAUGCAUUAGACAUCUAGUCGACCAUUUCCAUUCCCAUGUUUGGUGUGAUUGCAUGUACCUUAUGUACCAUUCGAAAUGUUAAGAAUUAUUUGCUUUUUUAAAGAUUUGUUCAUUAUGAGAUGGAUGUAAGAAUUGUUUUUUAGUUCCUGUUCUCAUUAGAUAUAUGAUUAUUUUAACAGACCGUACUACAUUGAUAUACAUGUAAACAGAGGUGUAUGCAUUUUUUUGUUAUUAUAUAGAUGUUUUGAUGAGUAAUCAUCAUUUUUUGUACGUACAUAUUCCCAAGUAUCCUCUAAACCUGUCUGUGAUGGAACAAUACUAUAAAUAUCUUCUCUUCACACUUGGAAUGUGUCAUGGAUCAUAAAUGAUGUGUGUCUACUAGAAUAGAGAAUUUUAUACAGCUGUCAUCUCUGAUAAAAAGGUAGUAUCAAUCAAUGUGAAAAAUACAGAGAUUUGGGUAGUAUCAUCAAUGUGAAAAAUACAGAGAUUUGGGUAGUAUCAUCAAUGUGAAAAAUACAGAGAUUUGGGUAGUAUCAUCAAUGUGAAAAAUAAAGAUAUUUGGGUAGUAUCAUCAAUGUGAAAAAUAAAGAUAUUUGGGUAGUAUCAUCAAUGUGAAAAAUAAAAAGAUUUGGGUAGUAUCAAUCAAUGUGAAAAAUAAAAAGAUUUGGGUAGUAUCAUCAAUGUCAAAUUGACCGGCCUUGAUUUAGAUGUAAUGCGUGAGAUCUUCAAAGUACAGGUACGCAUGUGUAGUAGCGUUUGAUAAGAUUGGAACAAAUUUCAUGGUAAUUAACUAACAUCUUUUUUCCAUUACAUAUUCCAAGGAUACAGAGAAGAUCUGUAUAUAUAAUUUCAAGCUCAUAAAACUUAUACAUACAGAUGUAUGAAACGAUUGUACAGAACAUACAAAAAUUAACCACACGUUUCAUGCUGAAUAUGCAGACAUUGUUUUCAUUCUCACUGCAGGUUUACAUAAUUAAGGCUAAUAUUUGAAAUGGCAUUUAAUAUUAAAUGAUAGAAAAUUUGUUACUUGAUACACAUUUUUAGAAGUAGUGAAAAACUCGUUUGUAACCUUAAUUCUGUUGUCCCUUAAAGAAAUGUAUGCAUGUGUGUAACAUUGAAUAAGUGAUAAUUUAAUAUGAUGACCGAGUGUUAAACAGUAACUUUGUACAGCAAUAGUAUAUAAGCUGAUAAAUAUAGACCAGUAUAAAGUAUAUUCAUGUGAAUUUGGAUUUGAUGUUUAUAUGUUUAAGUGUUGCGUUCUCCAACAUAACCUAAUGUUAGCUUUAAGUUAAACUUUUCGUCCAUGUAUCAACCAUAGUGUAUCACGAUUUCUCUAUGUUAGAAUGGUUACGAUUUAUUUCAUACGCGUGAUAUAAAAAGUAGUCAAAACCUUUUUUGUUUUGUUUGUUGUUUUGGUCAAGAUUUGUAAAAAAAUGCAAAGAAUUUUAAUGUACCCAGCCAGGAAUACAUUGUUGGUAUGGAGAACUUCAUUGCGACAAGACUUUUUAGAGUGAUACCACAAAAAACGAAAACAUGGCUUGAUCCUGAUUUCUUCCAUGUCAAAAAUCACUGAAAUUUUAGACCUAAGGAUUUUGUCACUCGGAGACGGCGCUGAGGCUAUCCAUACUGACAUGUAUUGACUAAAUACCCAACACAAAUUAUGUAAAUCAUCAGUCUGAAAUAAAGUCAUUUCUUUUCAUAA